AUGGCAUCAUUAAUGUACAAUAAUUCAUCUAUAUUAUCAUCUUCAAAUGAAUUUAAAAAUGAAAUCAAACGAUAUCUAGCAAAUCUUAAUUAUACUCUUUCAUUUGUUCAAGCAUUCAUUGUUUUAUUUGGUGUACUUGGAAAUCUUAUUGCAUUAGUUGUCAUUAAUAGGAAACCAUUAAGAAAUACAUCAUCGACUGUAUUUAUAACAUAUAUGGCAAUAUUUGAUAGUUCUGUUCUACUUUUACAUGGUGCUAAUUUAGCAGCAUCGAGUCAAAAUCCUUUUAUUCAUUGUUCAUUAACUUAUCUUACAGAUUUAGCAACAUUUUGCGCUAAUUGGAUUCUUGUUAUUAUAGCAUUAGAACGUUGUGUUGCUGUUCGUUCACCAUUUCUUGCUAAACGUUUUUGUACUGUAAAUUCAGCUCGUCGCUCAAUGUGUCUUAUACGUUCAAAUCUUGUAUUAAUUCUUCGUAUAUAUCAAGCAGUAUUAUUUUAUGCUAUACCGGAUUUACUUCUCCUAUCAAAUUUAUUCACUAUUUAUACAUUAUGUCGACGAACACAACGACUUUCAUCAUCUUGUUUAAAAGAUGAACAAAAAUUAGAUAUUCGUAUAAAUGAUAUUAAUUCAAAUCGUAAACAACGACAAUUAACAAUUAUGCUUGUUACAGUUAGUUUAUCAUUUUAUUUAUUUACAACACCAGCAAUGGUCAUGUUUAUAAGUGAAUAUCAUCCAUCACAACAUAAGGAUAUAAAUAAAAUAAAACAAAAUAUUUUCUUUUCACAAAUUUCUGUUAUAUUAUUACAAUUAAAUAAUGCAACAAAUUUUGUAUUUUAUUGUGUUGCUAGUCAACGUUUUCGUCCAGCAACCAUACAAACAUUUUAUGAUUAUUCAGAACGAUUAAAAAUUUUUUAUCAUCGAUAUAUUUUAUUCAAUAAACAAUAUGAGCCCAUACUUUCGUAUCGACAUCGCUUAAGUUAUUUUGGACAAACAACAAUAGCCCUUCGCAGUACAUAUUCUCCAUAUUUUAAACGAGGUAGAUAUAGAGCAUCAACAACAUGA